ACUGUCCUCCUUACUCAUCAGCACACCGAGCUGCUCCUCUUCCUGAUCAGCGGGCUGGUUUCCCCGAGGAAUACUGACGUCGAGGUGCGAACCUCGCACGAAGACUCUCGUGCGAUCUUCUUGGACAUUACCAGCACCCUCUCCAUCCUGAUCCGUCAGCGGCGCGAUCUUCUCGUUGGCCAACUGUCUCAGCUGAGCAUCAUACUCGGGCGCAUGAUUCACCUCCUCCGCGCUGCGAUCCCUCGCCUUGGCGCAGCGCAACUGCGCACGAUCCAGCGUAGCCUGCCUACCUGGCUCGAUGUGGAGCACUUGCCGCUUGACGAGACGUGUGCACGUGCUCUGGCGCGCCUGUUAAGCGCGAUCACGGCGCGUACGAUCACGCUCGCCAUCCGGUCCAGGACUGCCGCAGACAGCAGCGACAAGGUUGACUCACUCGCGAAGCCUUUUGCGCGGCACGCGAUCCACGUGUUGGUCGCCUACGUCCGUGCGCUGCUCUCCUCGCCGUCCUCUUCGGCAUUGUCGGCGACCUUUGUGCCUUCAACGUUGCAGCGCGCACUGGAGCCUGGCCUGUUCGCCCUGUGCGACAUUACCAACAGUCAUGACCGCGACGCGGCACUCGUCGGCAUGCUCGACUCGGCGGGCAAGACGAUCAUGAAGCGGCUCUGGAGCUCGUGGGAGGCUCAGCGGUAUAAAGGGCAGUAGAUGCAACAAGGGCGAACGUGGUGUCAUAGAAUCAAAAGGAAUGACAGCAUACUCAGGGUCAAAUACACCUUAAGCUGUAUUAUAUACAUAUCACUUC